AUGCAACAACAACAAGACACCCAGGACGGAUCUUCGAAGAUCUCGGAAGCGAAUCACGACGAAAGAGGAAACACGGAAGAAUCGAACGAAGCAGAAAGAAUACGCGACAAUAUCGAUUACAUGGAAGCGGUAGACGAGCAGGACGAAGAAAGCCUUGAGCGAAACAAUGAGGACAAAUGUGAAGAUCAAGAAGAAAACGAGCAAAACAAUGAAGACGAAUAUGACAACGAAGAAGCAAAUAACGAGCGAAACUACGACAACCAAGAACUCGAUGAAAGUGAAAUUUUGGAAGAAUUUGAUGACCUGGAGAAGGAACUGGCAGAAGUUCACUACAGAAUACGUGAUUUGUUGAGGAUGCGAACAUGUCAGCCAAGAUUGUUUGAGAGUGGUGUCACCCGCCAACAGGAGAGAACGAUGCUCUGCUCUUUCUGUUACGCUCCGGGACAUCAUUACAGUGAUCCUUGCACAAAAAUCAGUGGAGCCAAAGAAGAGGCACACCUAAAAAGCCGUGGUCGCUACACUAUAUGUUUACAGUUGGAUUGUCAGGAAGGAUUCUAUAGCAAAAAGUACUCCAUACGGUGCCACCACUGUAAGAAAACACGGCACGCAUCAGCAAUCUGCAAACUUCCAGAAGAGUCCGUCGAAAUCUUCGCUGAAAGGAAUAACCUCGAGAACAUCGCAGAACAGAUGCUGAAGAGACUGGAAGAACUACGCCGACGGGUGUAA